AUGGCCACCGAAAAUCCACAGCCAGACAGCAACUCGCAGCUCAAAGCUCAAGUUGAGUGCAUGGAGCUGGCUGAUGGCACUGUGAAGUUGCUGGAUGAAGGAGGCCAUGUACGCAACAUCCCGGUGCCAACAGACCAUCCUGACGAUCCGUUGAUAUGGUCGCUCAGGUCGCGAGGCCUUGUCUUUCUCGCCAUCUGCAUCUAUGGCAUUACUGGAUUCGGUGUUGUCCAGUCUGCACCCUUAUUCUUUUCCGACAUGAUCGCGGACUACAUGAAGGAAACACGCGGGGAAUUCAAUCCCUCUCGAAUUGGAGACCUAGCAUCGUAUCCCUCCCUGUGCAUGGGCCUUGGAAACUUUCUCUUCGUUCCACUGUCUCUAGUAUUCGGAAGGCGGCCGAUGCUUAUCCUUUGUGCCAUUAUCAUGGUAGCCUCGGUCAUCUGGGCAGCCAAGUCUGACACUUUCAAUUCUCAUCUUGGUGCGAGAUGUCUGCAGGGUCUGACGGCUGGAGUAUCUGACUGUCUACUACCCCUGAUUGUCCUCGACACUACUUUUCUGCACAAUCGAGGCUUCUGGAUGACUCUCUACUGGUCAGUCACGGCGAUUGGAUCUUCGCUCAUGCUCGUGAUUGUGCCCUUUUUGGUCCACUCUCAGCAUGACGACUGGCGUAUCAACUACUGGUUCUGGCUUGGCUGGGCCGUUCUCACCUUGAUCCUGGUUUUGACGUGUCUUCGUGAGACUAUGUUUUACCGCGAGCCUGCCCUCCUCAAUGGACAGAUUGUCAUCAGCGAUGCGUAUGGCCAAGUCCAUUUUGAGGCAAUAGCAGGCGAUCAUCAAACUCCAAACACUCGGACGGAAUACACGGAAAAGAAGCACCCUGACCCCUACAUCAAACAAAUGCUACCUAUCCGCUACAAGCACCGGGGAUCAAAAAUGGGUACCUUUAUCCGGGCGUACGUCGACAUGGCUAUCUGCUUCACGCAUCCUGCUAUCUUCUGGACUUUGUUGCUGAAUUCGGUACUCUUCUCGGGCCUUGUUAUCUUGUCUCUGACCUACGAGGCCCUCCUGGUCGGACCGCCGUGGAGCUUCAGCCCGCAAGCAGUGGGCACCUCUCAAAUUGGAUCUGUGAUCGGGGCAGCUGUAGCUUUCCUCGUUGUUGGAAUGCUUGUCGAGCACAGUGCCGAGCGUCUCACUCGACGUAACGGCGGCAUCCGUGAGCCGGAACACCUUCUUCCCAGCUUCGCCGUGCCGGUCAUUCUCGGCUUUCUUGGACUCUGCAUCUACGGUGUCGUCGGCGGGAGCCCGUUCAAGUAUAGCUGGGUGGGCAUCCACGCUGCCUUUGCGCUCUACUUCUUCUGCUUCAUCGCCAUCUCGGCAAUCAGCAGUGUCUGGGUUGCAGAGUUGGUGCCGAAAAGGGCUGGUCCCGCCAUCGUGUUGAUCUGUGGUGGCAGAAACGCUGCAAGCUUUGGAAUCAGCCACGCGUUUCCCUCCUGGAUCCAGGCACUGGGCCUCCAGAACGCUCAUAUCUCGCUCGGAGGCAUCUUUAUUGGCAUUGCAAUUUUCGGGAUUCCAUUGUAUUUUGUUGAUAGGCGUAUUAGGAAGCUUUGGUCGUCUUACUUCCAAUGA